AUGCUGCUCUACCCUGCCAUCGCCUUGGCGUUGGCUCUCGGACAAGUGUCUGCGGCAACUAACCUAACCUGGACACCUUGCCCCCUCACAAGUGACAAAUCCAUUGACGGUAGUUCCAGGGAUAAUAAGGCGGAAUGCACCAUGUACGCUGCGCCGCUGUGCCACCCCCGGAUCUGCGAAACGCCCGACUCGGCCAUCUCGACAGUUGAUGUAUUCGUGAGGCGAAUUCCCGCUGCGAACCGACAACCCGAUGUAGCUCCAAACGUGUGGCUUGUUCAGGGUGGCCCGAACUACUGGGACUCUCUGCGUAAGUACUGCAAGACCGUUGGAGCACGUGAUGAUUUCAAGGACUAA